UGACGAAAUUACCCUCGUACUCAAUUUAAAACUUUUCCAUGCGUUACAUUUGGCCCGCUCUCUCACUUUCCGUCACUAUUCACUCAGACCAAAGAAUUUCAUUCGCCGUUUAACAACACAACUCUCUUCCGCAGUUCUUUUCAUCGCCGGCAGUUCACGCCGUUAACAUCACCACCGCCGGAACUUCACGCUGUUAACAUCACCGCCGCCAUCGGGUUCCCUUACAGUAGUUCAGUGAAACUUCUUCCUUGUUAGAACUGCCUAUAAAGACUAAGUUCAGGAAGCCCAGCUUUUCAUGAAGUAUUGGUAGAAAUUUUCUUUCUGACCACAAAUGAAGAAGCUAUUCUUUUUUAAAUCUUCUUCCUCUAGUAAUGGAAACAACUCUCGUGGUGUUUUAACUGAUAAGCAAGUUAGCGAUCAGGCCGAGAAUGGUUUUCGAAGUCCAAAUGGAUUAUUUUCAAAAUCUCGAAAGCAAACAUAUGAGAAUUCAAGCUCAAGCGAAAAUUCAUUUCUUAGGAGGAGCCGCUCAAUGUCAUCAGCUGCCUUUCUUGGUGAUGAAUUUCAGCAAAAUGACUUUUCUUGCUUAGGUGAUCAAAAUAGGUCUCCUACUAGCAGCAUCAGUAGCGAUCCUCAUCACGAGUGUGAUCGUCCUUCCAGGAGACGGUAUGCUGCUCUUGAACGGCGAGGCAAAGCAACGCGAUUUGGGGCUGCGGAAGCUAAUGAAUAUUUACACAGACAAGAUAGGCCUGGUUCUUCUAAAUCUCGUCAUAAUUCAUCAGAAAGCUCUACAUCUAGUAAUGUCUCAAGUAAAGUUUUGGAUCGCUAUAUUGAUGGAGAGCAGCAGCUUGAGAGGAGCGAGCCAAAAAGCAAUACUCAUCAAAGAAAUUUUGCUGGGAGUGGCAAUACUAGUGGUAGACUUCCUCCACGAGUUCAAUAUACAGCCCCUGCUUCACCAAUGGAUGGUGUCAAAGAUAAACCAAGGUCUCAUUCAUUUAGGGAUGCUAAAGGUACCCAACUUAAUUUUUAUAGUGAAUCGAUAGACAAUGGAUUUGGUCAUGAUUCUCCAAGGAGACUUGCAAAGGAUGUUAUAGAGAGACUGUCACAAACUCAUUCUUCUCGUAAAUCGAGUUUGAGGGAGUAUAACUAUGAUGCACCAAUAACGAUUGAAGAUGUCUAUUGUGGAUCGAUGAAUAAAGGCUUCAAUUCAUUUAUAGAUGUUCCUUUCCGAGAAAGUUACUCAUUGGAGGAACCUUUGAAAUCUAGUCAAACUGAGAAUGCAGUAGAUGCAGAACUAAAGCGCAGGUCUAAAGAAGCUGAGGAGAGGGUCCUUCUUCUUUCUGAAGAAAUCGAGCAAGAAUACCUUCUUCAGGAUAGUAGAUUUGAUGUGUCAUCCUUGAUUCAAACGAUUAGAAACUUAUCAGAGGAUAAAUUAAGCUUAGCAAUUGAGGUGUCAGGUCUUCUAGUCUCCCGAGUUGCCGAUAGAGAUACUUUCAAAGAAGAAGUACAGUUGGCGAAAUCAGAAUUGGAGUCACAGACCCGAAGACUUGAGAAGGAGAAGAAUGAGUUGCAGUCAGUAUUGGAAAAAGAGUUGGACAGAAGGUCAAGUGACUGGUCAUCGAAGCUUGAGAAGUAUCAAUCUGAAGAACAGAGACUUCGUGAGCGUGUUAGAGAGCUUGCAGAGCAGAAUGUUUCACUUCAGAGGGAAGUCUCUUCUAUAAGUGAAAGGGAGCAACAACUUCAACGCCUAAAUUCAACGGUAGAAGAGUUGAGCAAAGAAAAUCAUGAUCUAAGAGAAAAUUUCUGUGAAUUACAAAAUAAGCAUGCAGUGGUAGAAGAUGACCUCAAUUGCAUAAAAAGGAAUUUUAAAGAUAAGGAUAAAGAGUGCAAAGAGUUGCAGAAGUCCACUGCCAGAUUGUUAAGAACCUGCAAUGAACAAGGGAAGUCGAUUGAGGGCCUGCGGGAAGCAUUUAGUGAGGAUUUUGAGAAGAAGCAGUCAUUUGACAAAUUUGACAAGCACAUGAUGAAAUUGCAAAUGGAGCAAAUGAGGUUAACAGGUGUAGAAUUGGCUUUGAGAAGGGAGGUGGAUUCUCAUAGGAUUGAAAUUGAUUCCCUUCGCCAAGAGAAUAUAAUUUUGCUGAGUCGUUUAAAGGGCAAGGGGGAAGAGAUUGGUGCUUUAACUUUCAAGCUAGAUAAGGAAAUUUGGACCCGUACGUGCUGCCUGCAAAAUCAAGGGCUGACAAUGCUGAAGGAGAGCACUAUCCUGUGCUCCAAGUUAUUGGAAAUCAUUAGACGGGAUACAAGCCAGCAAAUGGAGACCAAGCAGGGCAUGGAACUUGGAAGAAGUGGUUUAGAUGGGCAAUUUCUUGUUGAAGCCGAUAUGAAAACCCAAAGCCUAAAGCGUGGAAUUGAAAAUUUUGCAAGGAGUUUGCAGACGAUAUCUUCUUUGCAACAAGAGAAGUCCAGUCCAGGUGCUUUGAAAUUUGAGUUGCCAUGCACUAAUGGCGAUGGGCCAUCUUUACUAAAUGACCAAACUCUGGAAGAUUCCUUGAGGUGUGAGCUGAAGGCAGAAACUUUACUUACAAGUCUUUUGAGAGAGAAACUAUACUCAAAAGAAUGUGAAGUGGAGCAGCUUCAAGCUGAACUGGCAGCAGCAGUUAGGGGUAAUGAGAUCCUUCGAUCUGAAAUCCAAAAUGCUAUGGACAACCUUUCCUGUGCUGGCCAUAAGUUGAAAGACUUUGAAUUACAGAUGCAAAAGAAGGACGAGAGCAUAAUCCGAUUAGAAAAUGACCUUCAAGAAUCGCUGAAGGAAUUAACAGUUAUUAGGAGCAUUCUACCCAAAGUUUCCGAAGAAAGAGAUUCGAUGUGGGAAGAACUAAAACGGUACAAUGAGAAGAAUAUGUUACUGAACUCGGAGGUUAAUAGCUUGAAAAAGAAGAUAGAUACACUUGAUGAAGACAUUCUUCUCAAAGAAGGUGAGAUCACAAUUCUGAAAGAUACUUUACGCAGCAACAGAACUUUUGACCUUCUUGCUAGCCCUGAUUAUGGUAAUGAUUUCUUGCUGAAAUGAUUGUUACAGAGCUGAAUAUUUUGGUAGAUUGUGCAAAUACAGUGUUCAUAAAAUUUUAUCUUAUAGUUGGCAAUUGUGUUUUUUCUUGAGGUAUUUUUCAAGGUUUUAUUGUUUUUUUUUUAUAUAUUUUGGGGGUUUUAAUGGGUUACAUGGUAUACAGCAUUAAUACUGUGAUUUUUUUUGUAUAAGACAAUUUCAUAUAUAAUUGUACUUCGCUGGUUUCUGUUUCUUUA